CAGAUUGGCCUGGUUGAGCAAAGAAAAAAAAAUGGCAACAUAUGGUGAAGAGCCAGUCGACAGAUACUUCUAUUCAUCUUACAACCCUUACGUGGGCAGGUACACCCGGCCCAGAGACGCUGGGUGGAAAUAUAAAGGUUAUUUCUCCCACUACGGCGACACCUCUGACGCGUUCAACAACCACCAGCGCGCCCAGUUGAAAUCCAUCUUGUCCCAAAUCAACCCCAAACUCACCCCGAGGCUCCGGAAGGCCAACACUAAGGAUGUGGCGGUGCAGGUCAACCCGAAGAAAGACGCCUCGGUGCAGUGCGCCAUCGGCCCGCGGACCCUGCAGACCAUGAAGCGGGACUUCCAGCGCAGGAAGAGGCAGGAACCCGCCACGCCCAGCAGCCCAAAGGCAACAGGUGGCGUUCGUUAUCCCCGAACCCUGGCUGUGUUCUCCCCCAUAGCUUACCGGAGCGUCACGUCAUUCCUCGUGGACGAAAAUAACAACAAGGAUGCUUCCUCUGAGGCGACGACGACCGUAGAGCUCUACGGCGACCCGGGGGAGGGCACCGAGGGGACGGCGGAGGACGGUGAAGCUGGUGAGGAUGGGAGGACCGCAAAGUCUCCUGAACCAAGCCAGAAGUUUAAACUACAGCCGCAGGUGAAGGGUGAGCUCGCGCCAUCUGUCGCAGAAGAAUCAAAGGGCAAGGCCCGCGUGCGCUUCCAGUUCCUGGAACAGAAGUACGGAUAUUAUCACUGCAGAGAAUGCAAUCUGCGAUGGGAAAGUGCUUAUGUAUGGUGCGUUCAGGGCACAAACAAGGUUUACUUCAAACAGUUCUGUAGGAAAUGCCAGAAGGGCUUCAACCCAUACCGUGUGGAAGACAUAACAUGCCACACUUGCAACAAAGCCCGCUGCUCCUGUGCACUGACGCAGCGGCACGUUGACCCCAAACGACCCCACAGACAGGACUUGUGUGGCAGAUGCAAAGGCAAGCGGCUCUCCUGCGACAGCACGUUCAGCUUCAAAUACAUCAUCUGAGUGUUCAACUAAAACCCUCAAAUCGCAUCUGCGCAUGCCCCGCUAGCAGUCUACGACUCAAAAGGCCUCUUGAAUGCAAAGCACAAAUGUUUGAUGUUUCAAAACUUUUCUUUUUUUUUCCCCCCCAUGCAUGUUUUGUUGACUCUGUAAGCACACCUUGUCUCGGAACGUAAUAAAUGGCUAUCUUGCAUUUUGGAUGUUUUUUAAAAUAUUUUAUUUUUGCAUUAAGUGGUCUUUCAUUGGUCAGCAGCGGUUUGGGCAUGUGCUCCAAGAAGAUGACUAGAGAUGUCCUGUAGGAAUGAAGUCUAGUUAUCCAGAGAAGGCUGGUAUGUGGAGGGAAAAUUAAAGUGGAUCUGCAUCCAAAAUGAUUUGAACUGUACAAGCAUUAGUCCCGUGAAAUAUGAACACGUGAUCACAUGUAACUCCAGAGCACAACCUGUGAAGGAAUGCAUAUUGAUGCAGCUUGAAACUGAAGCCAAAAAAAUGGCUGCCACCAUCCAAGAUGAGCCUAUGAAGUUCAGAAUAACAGCUUAGUGACUCAAACCUGUUGUGAGCUUUUGUUAGCUUUAUACAUACAUCCCACAUGGGAUGAACAGUGCAUUACACAAAAUUACAGGGGGGGGGAUACUGGUUUUACUAUACACUUUUCUAAAAUAUAUACAGAGUACAAUAAGUUAUGCUUUCAUUAUAAGCUGUAGCGAGUCUGCACUUGUGUAUGAGCAUCUCCCAAUAUAUAUCACACAGUCGAGAGUCUAAAGGCAUCUACUUAUUUGGUUAAAGAGUGAGUUUUGCGUGAAGACCUGCUGAAGGGAACUCAUCUCUCGGAGCAAUCAAACAUAUAUUUCUCUUUAUACACUCCCUGAAGGCAGGGGGUUGUCCCCACAGGAUCACAUGUUAAAUAUCCUAACAUUUACAACCUAAGAUGUUAGCUCUAAUAAAAAAUACAUUUCUCAAAAAAAUAUUCUUGCAGUGCUUUCUCACUUUCAAGCAUGCAUUUGAAAACUUUUUUCCUUUUUUUCUUCUUUUUUUUAUAUAAACAAUAUUCUUCUGAGUCUUGAUGGUGUGUCCUUAACAUGGACCGUCGUACGCGCUUUGACACCGACUCCCAGACCGGAACCGGAGGAGGCCAGCGCUCAGUGCGACGGGCUCCUCCCGGUCAGAUCAGGCAAAAAAAAAAAAAA